CUAACACCCAACUUCGCUGUCUCUUAUUAACCGAUUCUUGAUACAUAUCUGCAUUUCCAUAUACAGCUCGCCAUGUCCAGCAGCAGAAUAACGAACCAACAGACCUACCGCGCAAGAUAACGCGUCAAACUUACCCCUCGACGCGACGCGACUUCAAGAGAGUAAUCUUCAGAAUCUAUCAUACUACCCUGCACAUCGAGCAUUCACAACGUCGUCAGGGAUAGACAAUGGCGACCGAGGACGCUUCAUACCAAGAACCAUAUCCCCUCUACAACACGACAUUCACAUUGCACCGUCUCGCGCCCUUGUAUAUCGGCCACAGCGGACCUCUGACCAACGCCUCUCUGCUCGCGCACGCGCGACGCUUUCGCGAUCUGCUCGCCGGGGAUGUGCUGCGCGGAGUGCGAGUCGGGCUCGGAUCAGACGAGGACGUGUUGGCGCGCGUGGGCGCUUUACAGACCGUGACUUGGCGGGUAUUAGUUGACGAGGAGUUCUGGGACGGCGAUGUCGGGGACGAGACGCAGAUGGAGGUUGUUGGUCAGGGGAGGGGAAUACAUGUGGUGGUUUCGUAUGAGAAGGCGAGAUACGCGGCUUUCUUGCUGCGGGGGAGAGAGGAGCGGGAUAUAGAGGAGGGGUUCCAGCGCUUUCCGCUGCUGUUGACGCGCAUGCCGGGCGCGCUGAGAGAUACGUUUACGGGGUUCUUGGCUAGUACGUUUGAUACGCGUGUCUCGGCGCUGGCUCUCGGGCGAGGAUACCUGACUUCAGCUCUCGAGUCAUAUAUUACGAAUUGCUUGGUAGGGGAAGAUGGGGAGGCUGUGGAGCUGGCGGAGAGUAGUCAGGCGUUACGGAAGAUCCUGAAGGAUGUGCAGGUCGUUAUCGGCUUCGACUUGCCGUCUGUGAAUCAGUCGCUCAAGACUAUUGAUAUUCUGAUCGCGAGAGAGGACCUGCCGCGUCUUGUGCAGAGUGGGAAGAGGAUUGCAAGGAACGGAGGUGAGGAGAACCCUCAGCCGUUCACGGAUGCGUUGACGAGCUAUGUCCAUACGCAUCUGGCUUUGGAUAUGCGCCAUGAGAGCGUCAAGAUCUUGAAGAUUGCGUGUGGUUCUUUUGUGCUUGGUGCGGAAGGCAAGGCGAAGCUGACAGAGCCGAGCAUCUCUGAUGGAGGUGAUGUCCAGAGGCGCGCGACGGGAAUGUUGGUAGAGAAGCUGAUUGAGUUGGCCAAGGGGGGUAAAAUGUCGACGGGUAUUGAUGGCUGAUGAAUAUGAACUUGGGGUCCUGGAACCAUAUCAUCCAGUGCCAUGCUGAAGCAAGCAAAUGCGUCGCUCCUUCACCAUGCCGAAGGUCGAGACGAACGUCACGGGAAAUGGGCUUUAAAGGAUUGCAGCAGAUUAGAUACUGCGAUCUAUAUUGCCUCUUCUGACGG